CCGCUGCUGAACUUUCAACUUCCGCAACCAGAGGAUGAUUUUGAUUAUUAUGCGAAUAGUAGUCAGGAUGAAAGCAGAGGUAGUCCAGGUAGAACAAUUGCAAAACACGGUAAUGGUACCAUGACUAAGAGAGAGUUGAGCUUGGCAAGGAAAAGAAGGCAGUCCCUGAACAGUGAGGAGGACAACGACAGUGUGGACGAUUACUACGGGACGCACAUUACUGAAGAGCGGUAUCGACAAAUGCUUGGAGAACACAUUAAGAAGUAUAAGCGAAGGUCUAAAGACUCCUCAUCUCCCAUGCCCACACGCAUUGGGAAUUCAGUGCCCAAGGGCAACUCAAGUUCAAGAGCUAGGAGGUCGGGGAGUGAGCAACAAGGAGGAUUUCUUGAAGUGGAAACUGCAAAUGACUGCCUUAAUGAUUAUAAUCCUCACAGACCAGGAAGUCAUCAUGAGGCAGGUCUUGCUCGGCUGCGUACCACUGACAGAGUAAUAUAUGAGCCUGCAUAUUUGGAUAUUGGGGAUGGCAUCACUUACAAAAUUCCCCCAACUUAUGAUAAGCUGGCUGCUUCACUGAACUUGCCAAGCUUCUCUGACAUCCAAGUAGAGGAAGUUUACUUAGAGGGUACAUUGGAUUUGGGAUCCUUAGCAUCAAUGAUUGCUGAUGACAAAAGAUUUGGAACCCGAAGCCAGACGGGGAUGGGGGACCCUCAGCCCCAGUACGAGUCACUUCAGGCAAGAUUAGAUGCCUUGGCAUUUUCAAACUCGCCACAGAAAUUCAGUCUCAAAGUAUCUGACGUUGGGCUGAAUUCAUCCAUCCCCGAGGGGGCUGCUGGAAGUAUAAAGCGAGCUAUUUUAUCUGAUGGUGGUGUGCUACAGAUAUAUUAUGUUAAGGUUUUGGAGAAGGGAGACACUUACGAGAUUAUUGAACGAAGCCUGCCCAAGAAACAAAAAGUAAUCAAAGACCCUUCUGUCAUAGAGAGAGAGGAAAUGGAGAAGAUUGGGAAAAUCUGGAUCAACAUUGUUAGGAGAGACUUGCCAAAACAUCAUCGUAACUUCACAGCCUUUCAUCGGAAGCAGCUAAUUGAUGCCAAGAGGUUCUCAGAAACUUGCCAAAGGGAGGUGAAAAUGAAGGUCAGCAGAUCUCUUAAAAUGAUGAGGGGUGCUGCUAUUCGAACAAGGAAAUUAGCUAGAGACAUGUUGCUCUUUUGGAAGCGAAUUGAUAAGGAGAUGGGAUGCUGGUUUUCACAUCCUCAUUACCAGCUAUCAGCUACUUGUUUCUGAUGAAAAGUAUUUUCGGCGUGUUAAGUGGCAAUAUAUGGUUUUGGAUGAGGCACAGGCAAUCAAGAGUUCUACAAGCAUAAGGUGGAAGACACUGCUAAGCUUUAAUUGUCGGAAUCGAUUGCUGCUUACUGGGACUCCUGUCCAGAAUAAUAUGGCCGAGUUGUGGGCCCUUCUACAUUUCAUCAUGCCUACUUUAUUUGAUAGCCACGAACAAUUCAAUGAAUGGUUUUCAAAAGGAAUUGAAAAUCAUGCAGAACAUGGGGGUACUUUGAACGAGCACCAGCUUAACCGCUUGCAUUCAAUAUUAAAGCCUUUUAUGUUGCGGAGAGUUAAAAAGGAUGUAGUCUCUGAGCUUACUAGAAAAACAGAGAUUACAGUGCAUUGCAAGUUAAGUNGGAUACUUGGGAGU